CCCUGGCAGAGGGGCGGUGGCCGCGCAGGCUCCCGCAGACGGACUCACGGACAGACAGGGGACGGAGGGACGGGCGUACAGCCAGGCCAUGCCCGGGGAGGCUGCCCGCGCCGAGCUGCUGCUGCCCGAGGCAGGCGGGCCGGGGCCCCGCACAGAUCUGUCCUGUGAUGCGGCUGCAGCUACCACCCCGAAAGGGGACCAGCUGGAGCACUGUGCCCUGAGCCCUGGCCCCAGCACCCUGGCCCUCACGUUCCUGCCCAGCAAGCCGGGUACCCGGCCCCCGCCCGAGGGAGCCAGCUGGGAUGCAGGGCCUGGCCGCGCCCCCUCGGCCUGGGCAGUGCAGACAGAGGGCGGCCCCAGCCCAGGGAGCCCCGAGGUUCGGCCCGCCGAAGGUCCUCUCCCAGCCUCCCUGGAGCCCCGGAUCGUGAUGGGCGAGGAGACGUGCCGCCGGGCACCCCCACUGCCCAGGGCAGCCCUGCCAGAGCUCAGGGACUGGGAGGGUGGGCACGCCAGCCCCCACCCACCCCCCGAGUUGCGUUCUCAGGGUGACCCUCCUGUGCCUUUCCCUGCCCCAGACUCUGAUUCCUUCUUCACGCCGCCCUCCACCCCCACCGAGACAGCCUGCCCCCUGCUCCCCGGCCCCGGGCCCUGCAGCGACGCCGGGGAUGCCCAGGCCGAGCUGGGGGACUCGCCCCCAGCCUCCCCCUCAGGCUCCUAUGUCACAGCAGAUGGGGACAGCUGGGCCUCCUCUCCAUCCUGCUCCCUGAGCCUGCAGGCCCCGGCCGAAGGGCUGGAUGUGCCCUCAGGCUGGGGCUUCUCCCCAGCCGGGUCUGUGGCGGAUGAGAGGGAGCUGCCCCCGGCCCAGACCUCGGACACCCCCUCCCCAGAGUCCAGCCUCUCGGGGGACAGCAGCUCUUCCUGGGACCAGGAGGGCCACUUCUUCGACCUGGACUUCCUGGCCAACGACCCCAUGAUCCCUGCUUCCCUCCUGCCCUUCCAGGGCAGCCUCAUCUUCCAGGUGGAGGCUGUAGAGGUGACACCGCUGCCCCCUGAGGAGGAGGGGGUGCAGGAGGAGCAGGAGCAGGACGAGGAGCAGGAGGCCCCCGUCCCCAGGGGGGACCUGGCCGGGGAGGGUGAGGACGACAGCACGUUCGCCUCCUCCCUGCACUCGCUGUCUGACCUCUCCAUCACCGAGGGCAUGGACGAGGCCUUCGCCUUCCGGGAUGACACCUCGGCCGCCUCCUCUGAGCCCGACUCGGCCUCCUACGCGGGGGCUGACGAUGAGAGGCUGUACAGUGGGGAGCCGCAUGCACAGCCCACCACUCUGCUCCAGGACAGCCCCGCUGAAGCCGCCUUCUGGGGCCCAGAGCCUGCUCUUGGAGCGGCCCCCAGAGAGGCUGGCACUGCUGCCAAGAGCCAGGAACCAGGCUCUGAGAUACCCAAGGUGGGUCCCACGUCAGGCCAGGCAUCCGCAGCUGGCGUGGGCCCUCACAUCCCGCAGGAAGCCCCAGGCCUCACUGGGGUGACCCCUCAGGCCCAGGUAGAAGAGGCAGGCUCCACCAUGGGACCAGCACCUGUUGCCAUGAUCACACUCGGGCCCCUGAAGGAGGGAGACAGCCCUGCCUUGGGCACAGAGCCACGGACUUCGAAGGGAGAGGAGGGCCUCGCCUCCCUGCAAAAACGGAAGGAAGAAACAGGCCAGGGGUCUGUGGCUGCAGCCAGCCCCGAGCUCCAGCCAGAAGAGGAUCCGGCCAUAUCCUCACCCUUGCAGGAUACAGGCCUCCCCUUGGUUCAGGGAUCUGCCUCUGAGACCAGCCCUGGACCCCAAGCAGAAAAAAAGGACCUGAUGGCACCUUUGCCCCUGCAGGAUGCGGGUCUCCCCUCAGGCCAAGAAUCUGCCACCGAGACCAGCCCUGCGCCCCAGCCAGAAGUGGACCUGAUGGCACCUUUGCCCCUGCAGGAUGCGGGUCUCCCCUCAGGCCAAGAAUCUGCCACCGAGGCCAGCCCUGCGCCCCAGCCAGAAGUGGACCUGAUGGCACCUUUGCCCCUGCAGGAUGCGGGUCUCCCCUCAGGCCAAGAAUCUGCCACCGAGACCAGCCCUGCGCCCCAACCAGAAGUGGACCUGAUGGCACCUUUGCCCCUGCAGGAUGCGGGUCUCCCCUCAGGCCAAGAAUCUGCCACCGAGACCAGCCCUGCGCCCCAGCCAGAAGUGGACCUGAUGGCACCUUUGCCCCUGCAGGAUGCGGGUCUCCCCUCAGGCCAAGAAUCUGCCACCGAGACCAGCCCUGCGCCCCAACCAGAAGUGGACCUGAUGGCACCUUUGCCCCUGCAGGAUGCGGGUCUCCCCUCAGGCCAAGAAUCUGCCACCGAGGCCAGCCCUGCGCCCCAACCAGAAGUGGACCUGAUGGCACCUUUGCCCCUGCAGGAUGCGGGUCUCCCCUCAGACCAAGAAUCUGCCACCGAGGCCAGCCCUGCGCCCCAACCAGAAGUGGACCUGAUGGCACCUUUGCCCCUGCAGGAUGCGGGUCUCCCCUCAGGCCAAGAAUCUGCCACCGAGGCCAGCCCUGAGCCCCAACCAGAAGUGGACCUGAUGGCACCUUUGCCCCUGCAGGAUGCGGGUCUCCCCUCAGACCAAGAAUCUGCCACCGAGGCCAGCCCUGCGCCCCAGCCAGAAGUGGACCUGAUGGCACCUUUGCCCCUGCAGGAUGCGGGUCUCCCCUCAGACCAAGAAUCUGCCACCGAGACCAGCCCUGCGCCCCAGCCAGAAGUGGACCUGAUGGCACCUUUGCCCCUGCAGGAUGCGGGUCUCCCCUCAGGCCAAGAAUCUGCCACCGAGGCCAGCCCUGAGCCCCAACCAGAAGUGGACCUGAUGGCACCUUUGCCCCUGCAGGAUGCGGGUCUCCCCUCAGGCCAAGAAUCUGCCACCGAGGCCAGCCCUGAGCCCCAACCAGAAGUGGACCUGAUGGCACCUUUGCCCCUGCAGGAUGCGGGUCUCCCCUCAGGCCAAGAAUCUGCCACCGAGGCCAGCCCUGAGCCCCAACCAGAAGUGGACCUGAUGGCACCUUUGCCCCUGCAGGAUGCGGGUCUCCCCUCAGGCCAAGAAUCUGCCACCGAGGCCAGCCCUGCGCCCCAACCAGAAGUGGACCUGAUGGCACCUUUGCCCCUGCAGGAUGCGGGUCUCCCCUCAGGCCAAGAAUCUGCCACCGAGGCCAGCCCUGCGCCCCAACCAGAAGUGGACCUGAUGGCACCUUUGCCCCUGCAGGAUGCGGGUCUCCCCUCAGGCCAAGAAUCUGCCACCGAGGCCAGCCCUGCGCCCCAACCAGAAGUGGACCUGAUGGCACCUUUGCCCCUGCAGGAUGCGGGUCUCCCCUCAGGCCAAGAAUCUGCCACCGAGGCCAGCCCUGCGCCCCAGCCAGAAGUGGACCUGAUGGCACCUUUGCCCCUGCAGGAUGCGGGUCUCCCCUCAGACCAAGAAUCUGCCACCGAGGCCAGCCCUGAGCCCCAGCCAGAAGUGGACCUGAUGGCACCUUUGCCCCUGCAGGAUGCGGGUCUCCCCUCAGACCAAGAAUCUGCCACCGAGGCCAGCCCUGAGCCCCAGCCAGAAGUGGACCUGAUGGCAUCUCUGCCCCUGGAGGAUGCAGACCUCCCUCUGGUCCAGGGAUCUGACUCCGAGGCCAGCCCUGAGCCCAAACCAGGAGAGCUGACUGCAGCCCCACCCCUGCAGGAUGCAGACUUUCCCUCAGGCCAGGGGUCUGCCUCUGAGACCAGCCCUGAACCCCAGCCAGAAGAAAGGGACCUGAAUGCACUCCCACCCCUGCAGGAUGCGGGUCUCCCCUCGGUCCAGGAAUCUGCCACUGAGACCAGUCCUGAGCCCCAGCUAGAAAUGGACCUGAGAGCAUCUUUGCCCCUGGAGGAUACAGAACUCCCCUUGGUCCAAGCAUCUGCCUCAGAGGCCAGUGCUGAACCUCAUCCCAGAGAAGGAGACCUGACUGCAGCUCCACCCCUGCAGGAUGCAGGACUCCCCUCAGACCAGGGGUCUGCCUCUGAGACCAGCUCUGGACCCCAGCCAGAAGAAAGGGACCUGAAUGCACUCCCACCCCUGCAGGAUGCGGUUCUCCCCUUGGUCCAGACAUCUGCCUCUAAGGCCAGCCCUGAGCCUCAGCCAGAAGUGGACCUGAUGGCAUCUUUGCCCCUGCAGGAUGCAGGCCUCCCCUUGGGCCAGGAAUCUGCUUCCGAAGCCACUCCUGAGCCCCAGCCAGAAGAAAGAGAGCUGACGGCAUCUUUGCCCCUGCAGGAUGCAGGCCUCGCCUUGGGCCAGGAAUCGGCCACUGAGGCUGGUCCUGAGCCCCAGGCAGAAGAAAGGGACCUGAGUGCACCCCCACCCCUGCAGGAUGCGGUUCUCCCCUUGGUCCAGGCAUCUGCCUCUAAGGCCAGCCCUGAGCCUCAGCCAGAAGAAGUGGAUCUGACCGCAGCCCCACCCCUGCAGGAUGCAGGCCUCGCCGUGGGCCAGGAAUCGGCCACUGAGGCUGGUCCUGAGCCCCAGCCAGAAGGAAGGGACCUGAGUGCACCCCCACCCCUGCAGGAUGCGGUUCUCCCCUCAGUCCAGGCAUCUGCCUCUAAGGCCAGCCCUGGGUCUCAGCCAGAAGAAGUGGAUCUGACCGCAGCCCCACCCCUGCAGGAUGCAGGCUUCGCUUUGGGCCAGGAAUCGUCCACUGAGGCCGGUCCUGAGCCCCAGCCAGAAGAAAAGGACCUGCAUUCACUCCCACCCCUGCAGGAUGCGGUUCUCCCCUUGGUCCAGGCAUCUGCCUCUAAGGCCAGCCCUGAGCCUCAGCCAGAAGUGGACCUGAUGGCAUCUUUGCCCCUGCAGGAUGCAGGCCUCGCCUUGGGCCAGGAAUCUGCCACUGAGGCCAGUCCAGAGCCUCAGCCAGAAGAAAAGGACCUGAGUGCACUCCCACCCCUGCAGGAUACGGUUCUCCCCUCGGUCCAGGCAUCUGCCUCUAAGGCCAGCCCUGAGCCUCAGCCAGAAGUGGACCUGAUCGCAGCCCCAUCCCUGCAGGAUACAGGCCUCCCCUUGGGCCAGGAAUCUGCCUCCGAGGCCAGUCCUGAGCCCUGUCCUGAGCCUCAGCCAGAAGUGGACCUGAUCGCAGCCCCAUCCCUGCAGGAUGCAGGCCUCCCCUUGGGCCAGGAAUCUGCCUCCGAGGCCAGUCCUGAGCCCCGUCCUGAGCCCCAGCCAGAAGAAAGGGACCUGAUGGCAUCUUUGCCCCUGCAGGAUGCGGUUCUCCCCUUAGGCCAGGAAUCUGCCACUGAGGCCAAUCCUGAGCCCCAGUCGGAAGUAGCCCUGACCAUAUUCUCGACGCUGCAGGAUGCCGGUCUCCCCUCGGGCCAGGGAGCUGCCUCCAAGGCCAGCCCUGAGCCUCAACCAGAAGUGGACUUGACAGUAUUUCUGCCCCUGCAGGAUGCAGACCUCACCUCAGACCAAGAAUCUACCACCAAGGCCCUGCAGACAGAUGCGGGCUGCACCCCAGGGACCGAGCCCAUGGCCACUACCGCCCAGCGGAAAGGAAGCAAGACCUCAGGACUGAGGCCAGAGCCUGAAGAGAAGGACCCAGACCACAGUGGAGGCGCAGAUGCUCUGGCCUUGGAUCAGGCCCAUCCCAGUGGCUCGGAGCCGGCUGCAGAUGCUCGGACACCUUGGGCCUUGCAGGGAGAUGUGGGCCCCCCUGAGCCUACCACAGAGACCCCGGACCGCCCUGAGCCUACCACGGAGGCCCCAGAUCUUCCAGAACCUGACUCCAGUGGGGAGGAAACGGCCAGGGCACCUGAGCAGGGAGCCUGUCUUGACGGCCAUGUGCGCGGGGAUGAUGAGGCUGAGCCCAGCUUGUCCCCGAAGGAGGCCCUGGGGGCUGAGAAGCAGGGCGGCAAAGUCCUGGAGCCGGUGGCCCUCAGCCCAGAGGCGAGUCCUGCUGCCUGUCUGGAGGCUGGCCCGGUGCGGCCCCCAAGCCCCGUGGAGGAAGGAAGGGCCACCCUGGGGCCCAGGCUUCCCAGGGCUGCGGCCUCAGAGGCUGGGCUGGGUCCUGGCUCAGAGUCUCCAUCGAGGGCUGCGCCCAGGUUGGGAGGGGGCUGUCCCAAAGAUCCUGCCCCAACACUUCCACUGCCCUCAAGGCAGCCAGAGCCCGUGCUGGGCCGGGGCAGUGGAGGACAGGCCCAGGCAGCACUCAGAGUCCUCAGCCCCUCCCCGCCGCAGCCCCCGGAAAGCCGCGCCAGGCACCUGGCCAGUGCACCCCAAGACAGGACGCGGGGCCCUGAGCCAUCUGCUCCCGGGGUCCCCAUGGAGUCAGCCCCCACCCCAUCCGGCCCCCCUGCCCCCUGCUCUUGCCAGGGCCCCCGGGAAGACUUAGGGGAGGGCCAGGAGCCCCUGGGCUCUCCCGGCCUCCCACCACCACGGGCAAGAGCCCGGCGGGCAGCGGCUGCCUUCUCAGGGACUCCGAACCCCCCUGGGGCCGGGCAGGUGGGCCUCCCGCCCCAGCCCCUGCCCCUCAGCCCCAAGGCAGCCCCCAAGGGGGGCAACCAUGCCAAAGACCUGGCCUCGAGCAUCUCACCCCCCUGCCAAGUGCCUCUUGGCUCUGGGCCCCGGAGCCCAGCCGGCCCUCGAGGGCCCCCAGCCACCGAGCAGCAGGAUGAUCAGGACAGUGUGGAAGAAGACUCGCCACGGGCUCCGGGCUCCGGGCAGCACUCGGAUAGCCACGGGGAGUCGUCGGCCGAGCUGGAGGAGCAGGACCUCUCAGGACCGCAGACUGCGCAGUGCCCGGCCCAGGCCCCGGCAGGCGGCGCGAGCGAGGAGACUGUGGCCAAAGCCAAGCAGAGUCGCAGUGAGAAGAAGGCCCGAAAGGCGAUGUCCAAGCUGGGCCUCCGGCAGAUCCAGGGCGUCACCAGGAUCACCAUCCAGAAGUCCAAGAACAUCCUCUUCGUCAUCGCCAAGCCCGACGUCUUCAAGAGCCCGGCCUCCGACACCUACGUGGUCUUCGGGGAGGCCAAGAUCGAGGACCUGUCGCAGCAGGUGCACAGAGCUGCUGCCGAGAAGUUCAAGGUGCCCUCCGAGCCCUCCCCGCUGGUCCCCGAGUCAGCACCUGGGCCGAGGGUGAGGCCAGAGUGCGAGGAGGAAGAGGAGGAGGAGGAGGAGGAGGUGGACGAGGCGGGGCUGGAGCUUCGGGACAUUGAGCUGGUGAUGGCACAGGCCAACGUGUCCAGGGCCAAGGCCGUGCGGGCCCUGAGAGACAACCAGAGCGACAUUGUCAACGCCAUCAUGGAGCUGACGAUGUAGCUGCUGACCUGCGACUCGGCGCCACCCCUGCCCCCGAGCCCUGCUGCUCAAUAAACGGGUGUCCCUCAC